CAGGCUCACAGCACCACAAAGCCUCUGUCUCUAUUACAGAAAACCCAUGAAGCUUUUGUCUGUACAAGACACAAAAGGUAACAAUUUUGAGACAUCCUUGUACAACCCCCCGCCCUUAAUGAGUUUUGCCCUCAUGUUUGAAUAGGUACAAACUUCGUUUUUCUUGGCGUAACUGGUAAAGUUGAGAUGUGGAAACAACCUCUUGCAAAAAUGUAGGGUAAGGAUGUGUACAAUAGACCCUUGUGGUCCGGAUCUUUCUUGGGACCUGUGUAUAGCGGGAGCUUAGGGCACCAGGCUGCCAUGUUUAACCAUUUCCUUCCUUUCAUUAUUGGAAUGGUUACGCCUUAAUACAUUGCCGUGGAUAUAGAACUUUUUAGUAGGAGGCAUGCACUGAAUUGGUGUGUCGCUAGCUGGAUUUUAUGGGUUUUUGGUAUUUUAGUAGAAGACAUGCCCUGAGUUGGUGGGUGCAAAUUAUUAAGGUUGCAUCAUAAAAGGGGAAAGACGAAUGGGUGGCAUAUUGAGUCGGAGUAACCAUAACCCUAAUGUGAGGGAUCUCGUUCAGGCCCCCCAAAAUGCAUCGUGCAAGAGACAAAGGACAUCAGAUAGUUUCUGGGAGCAUAGCCCACGAUUAAUUCCAAGCCUGCCUGAUGAGAUAUCUAUUCAAAUCCUUGCUAGACUUCCUAGAAUAUACCACUUAAGUGCAAAAUUAGUCUCACAGAGCUGGAAAGCUGCUAUUAUGAGUCCAGAACUUUAUAGGUGUAGAAAAGAACUUGGAACAACAGAAGAGUGGCUCUAUCUUUUGACAAAGACUGAAGGUGAUAAGCUUUUGUGGUAUGCUUUUGAUCCAAUCUCCAUGAGGUGGCAAAGGUUGCCACCAAUGCCGGCAAUUGCGGUCAAUGAUGAAGCUAGAAGUGGUUUAUCUGGACUUCUUGCGUGGAACAUGGCAGGUUCAAGUACAAGACUUGCUGAUGCCAUAAAGGGUUGGCUUGGAAGGAGAAGUGCUCUGGAUCAAGUUCCAUUUUGUGGUUGUGCUAUUGGAGCUGUUGAUGGAUGCCUCUAUGCCCUCGGGGGAUUCUUCAGAGCUGCAGCGAUGAGAUCUGUCUGGCGGUAUGACCCCAUUGUAAAUGCUUGGAAUGAAGUAAGUCCCAUGUCUACUGCAAGAGCUUACUGCAAGACAGGUGUCUUGAAUGGAAAGCUUUAUGUAGUAGGAGGUGUUACUCGGGAUCGUGGGGGACUUUCUCCCCUUCAAUCUGCAGAAGUAUUUAAUCCUCAUACUGGUAUUUGGUCUGAAGUCCCGAGCAUGCCAUUUUCAAAAGCUCAGAUGCUACCCACUGCUUUUCUAGCGGAUCUACUCAAGCCUAUAGCUACUGGGAUGACGUCUUAUCGGGGGAAAUUAUAUGUUCCUCAAAGUUUGUACUGCUGGCCUUUUUUUGUUGAUGUUGGAGGAGAGGUCUAUGAUCCCGAAACAAAUGCAUGGAUUGAAAUGCCAAUUGGCAUGGGAGAUGGCUGGCCUGCUAGGCAGGCUGGAACAAAGUUGAGUGUCACUGUUGAAGGAGAGCUGUAUGCAUUGGAUCCUUCUAGUACUCUAGAUAGUGCUAGAAUAAAAGUUUAUGAUCAUCAAGAUGACACUUGGAAGGUGAUUGAAGGAGAUAUACCUAUUAAUGACAACUCAGAGUCUCCUUAUCUUCUUGCUGGUUUUCUUGGAAAGCUCCAUGUGAUCACUAAAGAUGCAAAUCAAAAUAUCAUGGUCAUGCAGGCUGAUAGGCAAUAUCAUUCAGUUCCUUCUUCAUCAACCUCAGCAAACUCAUUACAAAAAUUUUUACACGAAGUUCCAGAACCAGUUUUAGGAUCUGAAGCGAAUAUGUGGAGAGUUGUUGCUUUGAGAAGUGGUGGAUCUGCAGAGCUGGUUAGCUGUCAGAUCCUUGAUGUAUAGUUAUGUCACACAAAGUUGUUAUUCCUCUUGUUUUGAUGUUGCCUUUCUGUUUUAUUCCUCAGUUAAUACAACCAGUUAGUUUCAUGGUUUACUUGAAGCUAGAGUCUUGAGAAACAGCAUCACUGUAUAUUAAAGCCUCCAAACAUUUAUAUAUACUAUACAUAUAUGAUAAAAUUUGGCUGAA